AUGGAUGACUCAUCAGCAGCCCUUGAACGAUUUCGACGACAAUGGAAGGAGGAGGUGAGCGCGCGAUCAAAGCAGUCGGACAAAGGAGCAUCAGAGCCUCGAUCAAUCGACAAGGCUCGAAGACCCAGUGAUGUACUUAGGCCAGUGGAGAGACCGAUUCACAAACCACCCACUCGCCACCCAGCGGCCGACAUCAAGGACGAUUCUGAUCAUUACAGCGAUGCUUGCCCCAAAGAUACCAGCAGCCCUAGCAUGAUCCAGAGAAUUGAGGGACUCAAUAUGCGACACAUCGACGACGACGACUUUACAGUCAGAGGAUCGUCAAAGGAGCCCAAAAGCGCCCUGGAACACUUCGAGCGUGCCGUGGAAAAAGAGAGCCAGGGGAAUCUGGGUGACAGCCUGUCUCACUACCGGAAGGCCUACAGACUCGACGCAAAGGUCGAUCAAACAUACAAGAAUAAGCACUUCCCGGCCAGGUCGAAACCCACCGACCCGAAUCCCUCCAAUGCUUCUGCAACAGUCCCGUCGACAAGCCACCAUUCAUCUGAAGAACCGACAGCGCCUUUGACCAUGUCUCAAUUGAUCGAGACCUUUGCGGACGCCGAAAUCCUCGGUGUGCCACCGCUAAUAGAUGGGGAUGCUCCUCCACAUUGUGGGAUCAAGGACCUGCCGACCGAAGUCCUCCUCGAAUUGCUCCAGGUGGUGGGGAUCCGUGAUCCCGCAAUGCUCAUGCGUUUGUCCCGUGUGUGCAAAAGGAUGGCGUAUCAUGUUUACAAAGACAACGCGAUCUGGAAACGAGUCGCGCUCGGCGCAGAGUUUGGCUUGGCUGGGCAGAGGUAUAAUUUCGUCACGGACCUUCAAGGUCGAGAAGCCGUGUAUCGCGUGUUGGAAGAGGAUCACCGUGGCCAAGAAGACGGGGACCCUUCCUCUUCCCUUGUUACAGACGUGUAUUUCCCCAAGGAGGCGAUUUGGCAGGACAUUUUCCACACCUACCCCCGUAUCCGCUAUACCGGUGUUUACAUCUCGACCGUCAAUUAUACCAGGGCGGGAACCUCGUCAGCAACGGCCAACACCUGGAGUAAUCCGAUCCACAUCAUCACCUACUACCGCUAUCUCCGAUUCUUCCGCGACGGCACUUGCAUCUCGCUUCUGACCACCAAUGAGCCUAUCGAGGUUGUCCAUCAUCUGACCAAGGAAAACCUGGCAUUUGUCCGCUCAGGGGGCAAGAAAGACGCGCCGUCCUCCCAUCCGUUGAAUUUCACCUCCAGUGCUCCAGCCCUGCUCCGAGAGUCAGGUCAUCCGUCGACCCCGGCAUCUCAGUCCGUCAAUAAUUCUGUUGCUCCACCUCCUUCCGCACAGCAAAUCAUGAAACACGCCCUCCGAGGCCGCUGGCGACUCUGCCACCCUAGCCUGGACACACCCGUGGUAGAGACAACAGAUACCGCCGCUGCAACCAACAACAACAUCAACGUCGACAUUAAUCAAGCCACUACCACAACAGCCACAAACCAAACCUCUAGCCCGACACCACCAAUCUCACCAGGCGACCUACAUAUCGAGACCGAGGGCGCCGGCCCACGGUACAUGUACACGAUGCACCUGUCCCUCAAAUCGGCCGGGUCGGCGCGAUCCAAGCACAUGACCAAGAACAACAAGCUGCAGUGGAAAGGCUUCUGGAGCUUCAACGUUCUUACUAGUGAUUGGGCUGAGUUCCAGCUCAAGAAUGAUAAGCCCUUCUUCUUCUCGAGGGUGAGGGGGUAUGGUUUGGGCUAUUGA